CCAUCGAAAACAUUUUUUUUCAAUUGGUGUUUUUUUUCUUCAAAUUUUUAAUUUAAAACUUAUCAUGGUUUAAUCAUUCUACUUUUUUAUGUUAUUCAUGCAGUUUGUUUAUUUUGUUUUAUAAAAUUGAAAAAUAAAGCCUGAUUAUACCAUUUUAACACUGAAAAUGAACCAGGAAAUUGCGAAAUAGGUUUGAUAUUCUUUUGCAAUUAAUGAAAAAAUAUCUGAUUAUCGCAUGAAAAAGCUAUAGUUCCUAACGAAAUGGAAGUAAAACAAAGAAAAGCCAUUUUGAGAGUCGUAUUUGAUAUACUCUCUAUUGCAUGUGUUGCUAUUCCUGUGCUGAUAUUGUUUGCUGUUGCCAAGGGAUAUGAGCGUGGUUUCUACUGUGAUGAUGAAAGCCUUAUGCACCCAUACAAAUCUAAUACCAUACCAACCUGGGUUGCUGGUUUUGUUGGUAUUGCACUACCAUCACUUAGUAUCCUGAGUCUUGAAGGGUUUAAGGCAUACCGGGCAGAGAAGAAGUUGUUUACAUACUUUGCUAUUUGUUACAAGUUGUUGGUACCAUUUUUUCUUGGUUUGGCUUACACAGCUACUACAAAAUAUAGCAAAAGUACAGGCUAUUUUCAUGGAUUCUUGUCAGGGGAUGUUUGUACAGGAACAGAUAAAGCUGCAAUAGCAGAAGCAAGGUUAUCAUUUCCAUCAGGGCAUACAUCUGUAGCAUUUUAUUGUAUGAUUUGGUUAAUUGUGUACCUGCAGUUCAAAUUCACAUGGAGGCGUUACUGGUUAAUCAGACCAGUAUUACAGGCAGUGGCAUUUUUCCUGGCCUAUUAUACAGGAUUAUCAAGAAUCUCUGACUACAUGCAUCACUGGAGUGACGUACUAGCUGGUGCUAUCAUUGGAACAGUUGUAGCUAUAUUAGAUGUGUUUUUCAUGUCAGAUAUCCUAGCAUGGAGAAAGAGGAAAUGUCAGGACUGCAGUAAUUCUUUACCACUGUAUCAUAGAGAUGGUGUCAACAAUGGAACAUGUUCUACUAUUGAGACAUGAAUGGAUACUAAUCAAGCUCUACUUCCAAGAAAAUGAUGUGAUAUUAAACAGCCAACUUGUUACAUUCCUAAAAUUAUUCUUUUAUUGUCCAGCAUGUAACCUAAUGCAAGUUUUAAAUAUUUAUUUGAUUAACUAUGCAGCUAACUCAAUGUUCUUUUCACCAGCAUGUAACUGCUUUCACAACUAGGCAAUGCAAAAUUUAGUUUUAAGGUUGAUCAAUUUCAAACAAUAUGUAAAUUUUGGAUUCUGAUGUUGGAUAGGGUAAUUUUUUAAAAACUUUUUGCCUCAUUUAUUUAUAAUUUCAUAUAAUGAAUUUUAUGAAUAUUUUCUGCUCCAGCAAUUCAGUAAAUGGCAUGAUUUUAAACAAAUUAAAUAAGUGUAAAAAAACUUUCAUGUGAUGAAUCUAGGAAUCUAUUUUACAUGAAUGAAAUAAGUAUAAAAAGAUAUACUAUUCUUUAGAAUUCAAAAAAUCAUCUGUCAGAGAAAAUCAGUUGGUUAGCAGUAAUUCUGUGAUAUGAAAUAUUUAUCAAUUAUUAAGUGGCAGUUAAUAAAUAAUUUGAUAAUUAUAUCCAAAAAUAAAAACCCAGUAACACUUGUGUUAUGCAUAUUACAAUAUUUUAUUAUUCAAAAAUAAUAAGGA